AUGGCAAGAGUUCCCUAUGCAAGUGCAGUUGGAAGUCUGAUGUAUGCUAUGUUGUGUACUCGACCAGACAUCUGUUUUGCAGUUGGUAUGGUUAGUCGUUAUCAAAGUAAUCCAGGACCUGUUCAUUGGCAAGCAGUUAAGAGGAUUUUUCGAUACCUUCGUGGGACAUUGGAUCUCAUUGUUUGCUAUCAGGGUGGAGAUUUGAGAUUGAGAGGAUACUCUGAUGUUGAUUGGGCCAGUGAUAGAGAUGAGCGCAAGUCCACUACAGGUUAUGCAUUUCUACUUAGUUGUGCAGCUAUCUCUUGGUGCAGUAAGAAACAAUCUUGCAUUGCUUUAUCCACAAUGGAUUCUGAGUAUGUUGUUUGUUCAGCAGCAGCACAAGAAGCUGUUUGGUUAAAGAGAUUUUUCCAAAGCCUAAGGGUGACAUCUCUUGCAGAUGAAGCUGUAAAGAUGUAUUGUGAUAAUACGACAGCCUUGUCUCAUGCUAAAGAUCCUAAGUAUCAUAGCAAAAGGAAACACAUACAGACUUGUUAUAACUACAUUCGUCUUGCUAUUACACAAGGAGAGGUGAUCCUCCAACAUAUCUCCACUAGCAGGAUGGUGGCUGAUCCACUUACUAAAGCCAUUGCUAGAGAUGCCUUUCAGGCUCAUGUUAGGAGUUUGGGACUUUGUAGGAUUUGA